CCGAUGGGAGCCCGAGAGGGGGAAAUCCGUGGUCGGGGACAGAGAGGAAGGAGCUAGUUGGAGCUCCGGACUGCUGUCCCAUUCUGGAUUCCGGAUCUGCCGGGUGGUGGGGGAGCAAAGGCUGGAUCGAGAAAGAGGAUGGAGCCCGUGACCAAGUGGAACCCUAAGCAAGUUGUGGAGUGGACCAAGGGUCUGGAUGAUUGCCUUCAGCAGUAUGUCCCAAAAUUUGAACGAGAGAAGAUAAAUGGUGCUCAGCUGUUACAGAUUUCCCACCAGGAUCUUGAAGAAUUGGGUGUCACUCGGAUUGGACACCAAGAGCUGGUUUUAGAGGCUGUGGAUCUCCUUUGUGCACUGAAUUACGGCCUUGAAACAGACAACAUGAAGAACUUGAUCCUUAAGUUACGAGCUGCGUCCAACAACCUGCAAAACUACAUUGGCAGCCGGAGAAAAAGUUCAAACUAUGAUGGAAAUAGCUCACGCAAACCUCCUAAUGAAUUCCUCACAUCUGUGGUAGAACUCAUUGGUGCUGCUAAAGCUCUGCUGACAUGGCUGGACAGGACUCCAUUUACUGGGAUAGCUGACUUUUCUGUGACAAAGAAUAAAAUCAUUCAGCUGUGCUUGGAUCUUACUACCACUGUUCAGAAGGACUGCCUUGUAGCUGAAAUGGAAGAUAAAGUUCUCAAUGUAUCUAAGGUUUUGAAUGGAAUCUGUGAUAAGACUAUACGGUCAACAACUGAUCCAUUGAUGAGUCAGGGUGCCUGUCUCGAAGAGGUUCACUUAAACAACAUCAAACCUGGGGAAGGUUUGGGAAUGUACAUAAAAUCUACUUAUGACGGAUUACAUGUUGUUACUGGGACCACAGAAAAUUCACCUGCUGAUCGGUCUCAGAAAAUCCAUGCUGGUGAUGAAGUGAUUCAGGUGAAUCGGCAGACAGUGGUGGGAUGGCAGUUGAAGAAUCUUGUAAGGAAGCUCCGUGAGAAUCCUUCUGGAGUUACUCUUCUAGUGAAGAAACGCCAUACCGGUUCUUUUAACUUUACACCCGCACCACUUAAAAAUCUGAGGUGGAAACCACCACUUGUACAGACCAGCCUACACCCAGCUACAGCUCAGUCAUCAGAAAGCACCAAGGAGACAUCACUGAAGAAAGAGAAACCAGCCAUUCUGGAUCUUUACAUACCUCCACCGCCAGCUAUUCCCUAUGCACCUCGGGACGAAAAGGGGAACUUUGUUUAUGGAGGAGGCAAUAAACCGAAGCAGCCUCUCCCUGGUUCCAAAGGUGCAGAAUCUCCCAAUUCUUUCCUGGAUCAGGAAUGUAGAAGGCGAAGGUUUACUCUGAUAGAUUCUGACCCAUUGCCUGCCUAUCCCAGAGAAGCAAAUAUUCCACUAGCAAAGAUGAGGGAGAAAACACCAUCUUAUGGAAAGCCUCGCCCACUGUCUAUGCCUGCUGAUGGAAAUUGGUUGGGAGCUGUAGAAUCUUUCUCUAAGCCCCGAGCAAUGGGGAGAAAAGCUGAAAAUGUCCUCUGCCGAUACUUCAGCAAUGAAAGAAUCCCACCCAUUAUUGAAGAAAGCUCCCCUUUGCAGCAUCAGUUUUCCAGGCCAGCGGUGGAAAAGCAGUUAGUAAAGGGUGCCGACUACAUCAGGGGAAGCAGAUGUUUUGUUAAUGUGGAUCUCCACAAUAGCGCAACCAUCCCUUUCCAGGAGGAAGGUGCUAAAAGGCCACCAGUGACCACAUCCACCAAAUCUUCCUCCACAGAAUCCUCUUUGCUGGUUAGCUGGAUCACAAGGUUGAGGUUAUUGACUCAUUGAAUAGAUUGGAUGGCAGGGGACUGAAUGUUUCACUAAGUGCCUCCUUUUAUUCUCCAGUCAGAGGGAUCUCUCUUACCAACAGUUAUUUAGUGACUGUGUUUAUUUUCUCCCUCCCUCAGAGAAUCUUUCUUUUUCCUGAUGUUGCUGUCUCAGAUUCACUGGAUCUGGGGGAGGGGUGGGGGGGCUUAAUGGAAAGGCAGUGGAGAUCUCAAGAUGUUGCUUUUUAAAACCUGCCUAUGAAGGGGAACAUGGUCCUCCAGAGAAAGCAGUCCAGCUGGAGGGCUUCAGGAGUCACUGCUGAUGUGAAAUCGGUGGGUUCUAGGCAGAAGUAAUCUCUGCCUUGACCUAAGGUCAGGUGGCCUUUCGUUUGCUCAGAUGCUGUGCAGCUACUGGAUGUGUGGGCUUUAUAGCACUGAGGGGAAAACCUCCAAGCUACAAUUCUGACCAAGGAAGAAGAAAAGAGAAGAUGCCAUUUCUGCUUUUAAACUAUGUGGGGACUGCAAGUGACUGCAGACAACUGAGCUCUGAGGAAACAGAAAGCUUUCUUCGGUGGUUCUGAUUCACCACAAAUAUCCCUAUUUGGGGUAUAAUCCUGGUUAUUAAAACCUCAGUGCCAUUUAGUUAUCUUUCCCUUAACUGCUGCAGUCUUGAUCUCCUUGACAUAGAUUGGCACAACAUGCCAUGGAUGUGCAUUUCUAGUGCUGAUGGUAAAAACAAAAGGAAUAUAUCUUUCUUCUGGGGAAAAAAAAAUAUGACUGAAUAGCUGUUAACCAAAGUGUUGUUAAAAACAAACCCUGCAGACUUCUGGAGCAUCUAUGGUGGUUCAAGGUUGAACUUGUUUGAUAUUGUUUGUGUUAUAAUGAUUGACUUCUGAUAAAUGACAAUGCUGUUAAAACAGUUUGCUGUUUUAAAACACUGGUAGAAAAAUGUGUCUGUCCCAAUUAUUUGCAUAGCAUUGGGUUGGAGUGGGGGUCAUUUAUGGAAGGAAGUAUUUGCAAAACUACUAAGAAUGUGUUGUUGUUUUUCUAAUGUAGAAAAGAGUAUUGUUACGGUUUCACAAAGAGCAUUUAGUUUUAAAAUAAUUUAAACAUGAAA